AUCUAGCGGGUCGGAGCUCUCUGGCCUGCUGGCUUCGGGCUCGCGAGAAGAGAAGGCUCUCUUCCCGACGGCGACGCUCGUCCCUUGCAGUUGACGCGGAGCAGACGACUAUCGUCUCGCGAUUCUCAACCCUCCCACGCAAGGCAACGCCGUGUGGAUCUCCAGCAGACCAAGGAUCGGUUUGCGUCGAACCAUGAUCCAUCACGCUCCCCGUUCCCUGAAGCCCGUUCCUUGGCCGGCCCUCUUCCGGACUUGGCUGUCGAGUGUCCUGGUCGCUUCUCGCCGAGACCCUAACUAGCAGCCCGCGGGUGCUUCAGCCACAUGAAGUUUGUUCGUCCCCUCCCUGGGAUAUAUCUGUCGCCUGCGUGCAGGAGAGUUGUUCUCUCAAAAGCCGUUGAUAACUCUAUCUGCUGUUGCUUGGAUUUUGCUACUUAUGACGAUACAUCGCCCUCACUCCACCACACGAUAUUAUAGCUGCAGCACCGGUGUGAUAUUACUCUGCACUCCUAGGAGCGUUUUCCGCAGCAAUAUACAUACAAGCGUUUGUCUAAAACAGACUCCAGAGUGGGGUGCAAAGGAGACUCCUUCACCUGUCCUUGAGGUCUCCACCGCGCACACUGGUCCCCACGCAAAAAGCUCACGAUCGUCGAUGAUAACUUGAUCCCCGCCACCAUUUCCCGAUCUCUCUCCCUUCUCUCGCCUCGAAGAUGUCACAACCACCACAUAUGUCGCUGGAAGCGGCACUCGACGAGGAACGGCGGGAAAUCCUAGACAUUCUCGAAGGCCGGAAACAUGCGCAGCAACAAGCUCCACGUCCUGGCCGUCGCGCCAGCCCCGCGCCUCCUGUGCGAAGCAUGUUGGAUAUUGCUCCCGAUCCUGGAGCGCAACGACAUGGCUCGAUCGCUGGCAUUGGUGUAGGUGUAACGCAACCUCCCAACAGAUCGACGGCCAAGCCCGGCACAGGUGUACGCAGCAUGUUGGACCCAAUUGCGCCCUCUCCCUUAAGAUUGACCCAAAGUGCUACAUCCUCUCCGACCACAGACACCGCACCUUCACAGGAGACACCUGAAGGCCACCGCCGUGCGUCGGAUGCGUCGUCAAAGGGCCUUCCCGAGAUAAAAAAGAGGCAUGGUGUAGACCCGCAGCAAGACUACCAGUUUGAGAUGCUCCCUAGCAUCCCCAAUUACGCCCUACCGAAACGAGUCACACAGGGUGGGAAAUUGGGCCAUCAUAAUAAUACGACGCACAAGAAUUCUAUGGCUGCGGUCAUGUCUGGUGCAGAUUUCGGUCCGUUUCCCGGUGCUCCAAGAGGUAGACAAACAGGAAGACAUCCCUCUCUACCGGGCCAGUCAAGAUCCCCAUCUUCACGACUCGGACGGUCGCAGUCACCCGGCACGAGACUGCUCAAUACAAAUUCUAUGAACUUGAUGAGUACUCCCGGCAAAUUUGUGACCGAUUCUGGGAAGGUCAUCAACAUGGAUCACGCGUAUAGACGACUGUCGGCCGCUGCGCUGUCCAGAUCAGGCGGAAGUCUGGCUAACUAUCCUGGGAAAGCGGCGCCCAAGCAGGCUGAUGGUGUUGACGGAACUGCGGAGGGGGAUGUCCGGCUUCAGAAGGAUUACUAUUCCGAUACACUGGAUGGUGGGUUUAGUGAAGAUUAUACAAGUGAGGAAGAUGUCGGUGAUACUAGCUCGGGAGAGGAUGCAUGGAAAUCUGAAAUUCAUCGGGGCCGGAGACGGACUAGGAAGAGGGCGGACACAGACGGGCCUGGACAAGGCAGCAGUAAUAGCGGGGGGCCUAGGAAAAUCCGAAACUUACUCGAUGCUGCGGAGGAAGAGCGCGCCAAAGUAUCAUCUUCCUACAAGGUCAAAUCGUUGCUUGAUCCUGUCGCGCCGCGCACUACGAAAGCAGCUUCAGAGAAACCGAUUCACAAAAGGACUGGUGUCCACCCGAAUACUAGCUUCGAUAUCACUGCCUCCACAGGCAAUACCCCGGCAGGCUCAGAAGAUGAAGCUGAAUUCUCGGAUAUCAAAAAGGCACAAAACCUCAGCGUCUACAUGUCUCCCGUGGACCAAUCAGUUCCGAAUAGAGUGAUUCGAACUGUCAUUCGUGGCGAUUUUACUAAACUCCAAGAGGAAGGCGACCGGGGUCAACGUCGGUUGCGGAAAUAUCUUGUUGCCACGGAUCUGAGUGAGGAAUCCACAUACGCCCUUGAAUGGACCAUCGGCACGAUUCUUCGUGAUGGAGAUACAAUGUACGCAGUGUACGCUGUCGAAGAUGAAUCAGGAUCAAGCAAGACCACUGGCGACGCGGAUAGCACAUCCUCUGUGCAUAUCAACGACGGAGCCAAAGCGAUGUUGGACAUCACUACGACCGUCGGGUCGCAGACAGAGAAGACUUUAGGCGAUCCGAAUCGAGCAUCCGCUCACUCGUCACCCCGCGGAUCUUCCAGUUAUCUGAUACCCGAGAGCAAGAGUGGUUCUAUCGACUCGCGCGGCACCACAAAGAACGAAGCAGACAGACUCCAUGCGAUCGACCUCCUCACGCAGACCGUUGUCAGGUUGUUGCGGAAGACGAGACUGCAGGUCCGGGUCGCGAUUGAGAUUAUUCAUUGCAAGAGCCCAAAGCAUUUGAUAACGGAGGCGAUCGACGCUCUCGAACCCACCUUGGUCGUUCUAGGCUCGCGUGGACGCAGUGCUCUUAAAGGGGUCCUCCUCGGCUCGUUCUCCAACUACAUCGUAACCAAGUCGUCUGUUCCAGUGAUGGUUGCACGAAAGAAGCUGCGCAAGCAUGCGAAAUACAAGAACACUCACGUUCGAUUUUCUAAUAAUCUCACUGCCCCGAAAAAGCUUGCUUUUGCAAAAGUAGACUGAUGCUCUAUGAUGUUACCUUUUGGGGAGGAUUUCUCCACGUAUUGCUUUUUACAGAGGAUUAAUUUCUCCUGGGAUGCUUAAUUCAUAAUUAGCAGGUGUUCUAAGAGGGUAAAGUUUCACUCUGCGGCCUGAUUUUGUUUCCUAUGACGCCGGAGUUCAUUGCGUUUGGUCGUCAUUCCGGCUGUAUGUUUGAUUACUCUUCUCCUUUCUCGUCCUUUGCAUUUUCCUAUUCUUCCUUCCCCCCUUCUUUUUUUUCCCCGUUUCAUUAUUGAAUUGUUGCUAUGAUGGAAUACGAACUGCUCC